UGCGUUUUUAGGAGUUCUGUUGUGUGACAAGAAAAUUUGUUGUGUUAAUUAUUCUGUGCUUGGUUUCACUCAAGUAAAAGCUGUGGGAUAGGCAUGGCGGCUGUUUUUGCUGUCUUCUGUUGGACUAUCGUGUUUCUAGUACUGCCUGUUACACCAAAAAGGGAUGAUUUUAAUGGGCACUUUACAGUGUACUCCCCAGGACUCCUACAAGAAGCCUGGCAUAGUCCUGAUGCUGCAGAACACUUGAAUGAAAUUCCUCAGCCUCACAGCUUUGACAACUUUGCAUCUUUGUUUCCAAUGACCUAUGAUAUACAGGCUCUUCUGGACAGAAGAAACAGUUUUUCACUUAGGAUCAUGAAUUCAUCUUGGAGUGGUCCAGCGGAUACUAAUGUGUUCCACAGAGGAGAGCCAUUGUAUCUGCAGGUGUCCGCCUCACCUGGACCCGGUCAACAGCUUUAUGUUCAGUCCUGCCAUGCGUCCUCUUCUCCAAACCAUACUGACAAACCUGAAGUUGCGCUUAUCAACAAAGGAUGUGUAGCCUCCAAAAAGUCUCUGGUGAAGUUUGUGAUGCAGCAGCCUGACAGAGUGAAUUUUAUUGUUCGUACAUCCAGUAUGAAGUCUUCUGAGAGUUACGUUCACUGCGAAGUCUAUCUUACUAAUUUGGGUGUCACCCCUACCACUAAAUUCUGCAACUACAACAAGCUGAAGUCCAAGUGGGUUGACUUGGGUGGACAAACAACAGUAUGUGAUUGUUGUGGUAGAAGCUGCAGAAAUGCAAUCGAGCGUGUGGAACUGCCAGUUUCUCUAGAUCUGACUGCAGUAGUGAGCACAGGCCCACUGGUACUCAAGGAUCAAGAAUCCGCAAUACCACUGACUCCGUCAGACGACAGCAUUAAUUCCAGCAUUAAUUCCAGCUCUAAAGCCAGAGACCGCUCUGAUAAAAGCUGGAUCAUGGCAAGUACCUCUUUAACUGGAAGCUCAAUGCAAAACAUUGGCAAAGUCUCCCCCUGGCCUGUCCAGCGUGGCUUUGGCGGGGUGAUGGUCAUCCGCAAGGGCCUGGAAAGUGACCUAUCAAUGUGGCUACAAGACCUCAUGGAGCUUGAGUUUAACCCAUUGGUGCAGAUGGGGACUGGUUAUCCGGAAAAAUCUGUUGAGAUAACCCUUCAAAAUGCUGAACCGCUGAGACCAGAUGAGAGGAGUCAGGCAGUUGCUGUGGAUGAAGGAAGAGUUUAUGUAGGAGCUGUGGAUUCACCUGAUGUUGUAAAUGACUGGUUGGACAUGGGGCAUCUUCGUGAUGUUGACCAAUUGCAUAAAAUUCAAGAAAAACCUGUUGUGACUUCAGCGGAUUAUCUAGAGCAGACUCCACUGCAUCUUGAAUCAGAAUUUGACAUUCCUCCAAAUGACCAGCCCCUGAUUAGCCCUACUCCAGAUAAACCAUCUGAGAGUGAGGAUGAGGGAGGAGUUGUUUUCAGACAGGCUGUGAUGAUCUUUAAUGGUGCUAAAGGAGCCAAAUUAUCAGAGCCAGUUCUCUACUCCAAACUGAGUCUGAAUCAAGCUGCAGAUGGAUCCAGUGUUCUCCACUAUGAGGAACAGAAAAGGCCCAGCAAGAACAAACGGGACAAGAGACCACAACUGGAGAAGGAUGGUGAGAAAAGGCCAAAGGAUGUGCGGAUGGAGGAUACCUCUAAAAUUAAAGGCCUUGUUUCAUCCCUAUUGGAUCAACUGAGACCGUAGAUGGAGCCGUGACCUGUUUUUCAUCACGCCUUUGUGAUUAUAACCAUGUAUUAGGUGGCAUUUAAAUAAAUUUCUGACUUGUGAAAUGCA